UAAUAAUAAUAAGUUAUUGUUAUAUCAGCAUAGGCGUCAUGUAAUUCAUAUGUUAAAAAUUAUAUGUUUUUUGCCUAUUUUGUGAUAAGUAAUGCAGCUUUUUGAUUCUUCGAGUGUAUGUUUUUGAAUAAAAUAUAAAAUAUGAUAGACUACAGUCGUAAGUUGGGCGUGUGUUUCAAAUAAAACCUAAGGAACUAUGAUUUAUUACAGUGUGUUUUUUUAAAAUGGUGGGUGUUUGUUUUUGGGUUUCAUACAUGGUUUUGUUAUUUAGUUCGUUAAGCUACGCGAAAUCAAAAUGUGCUAAAGGCUGCCGCUGUUUAGAUACUUAUAUUGAUUGUGCAUCGAAGGGGCUAACCAGCGUCCCUCAAAAUAUCCCUAAAUGGGCACUCCAUUUAGAAAUGAAUAGAAAUAAACUGAUAGAAAUAGAAGCUUUAACUUUUCAAAAUCUUCAUCAGUUAAAAGCUUUAAAAUUGAAACGAAAUCAGAUAAGUUCACUUAAGGAUGGAUCUUUUUACGGAUUACGCCAAAUUGAAAAAUUGAUGUUGGACAGUAAUCAUAUAACUGUUAUCACAAAAAGCUGGUUGUAUGGUUUAGAAUCACUAAAGGAGCUUUCUUUAAGUCACAACCUUAUAAACCAAAUACAUGAUGAUGCCUGGGAAUUUUGUAGAGCCUUAACAGUUUUAGAUUUAUCAUACAACAACUUGGAUUCAAUUAAAGAAGAUACAUUUAAAAAUCUCGGUACUCUUAGGAAGCUAUCGCUGAACAAUAAUAAUAUUAUAACUAUAAAAGAUGGAGCUUUUUCUCAUCUCACAAAACUUAAAGUUUUGUAUUUAAAUAAUAAUAAAAUAUUUUGGACUAUUGAAGAUGGUAAUGGAGUGUUUCAAGGUUUGGGUGAUUUGGUCAAAUUUCACUUGAUGGGAAAUAAUAUUACAUCAAUAAAUUCAAAUGCAUUCUCUGGAUUAAAAAAUGUUAGCUAUAUAAAUUUAGCUAAUAAUAAUGUUACAUCCAUUCAAAAUAAUGCUUUUUAUAAAGUUCCCUCUCUAAAACAACUGUUGAUAAACUCCAGUAGCUUAUUGUGUGACUGCAAUUUAAAAUGGUUCUUGGAAUGGCUUAGUUUGAAGGAUAUUAAACUACAAGCUUCUUGUGCGUAUCCAGAUUGGCUUAGAGGAAAAUCCAUCUCUAAUAUCACAGCUAGUAAUUUAACUUGUGAUGAGCUUCCCAAACCACGCCUCAUUGAUGAACCUGCAUCUGAAAUAAUGGCUUUGAAGGGUAAAAAUGUUACCUUAAACUGUAAAGCUCUCUCAAGCUCCAACAGUAAUAUGACAUUUUUAUGGAGGAAAGAUAAUGAAGAACUUAUAAACCCUAACGUCCAAGUAAUAUCUAGGGCAGAUCCGGAUGGCCGAUCUAUUGAAACAAGUUCUGAGUUGAAUUUAUUUUUUGUGGAUAACUCACAUGCAGGAAGAUAUCAGUGUGUGGUUAGUAACAGUUAUGGAACCACUUAUUCCCAGAAAUCAAUCAUAUCGGUUCUUGUUUACCCUACCUUCUUGAAAAAACCAAGAGAUGUACAGGUUGAAGCUGGAGAGACUGCAAAAUUGGAAUGCGCAGCAACUGGGGAGCCCCCUCCUGAGAUUGCAUGGCACAAAGAUGGCGGGAACGAUUUCCCAGCUGCCACCGAACGCCGAAUGCAUGUCAUACCGGCAGAUGAUGUGUUUUUUAUUGUCAACGCAAACCCUAACGAUGCUGGCAUCUACAAGUGCACCGCGCACAAUGCAGCAGGAACUGCGGCAGCUGAGGCACAACUACAAGUCCUUCAAAAGCCCCAUGUAGUCAGGGGUCCCGAAGACAUGGAAUUGGCUGCCGGGGAACAUAUUGUUCUACGUUGUAUGGCCGAUGGUGUUCCAAAACCAACCAUUUCUUGGUUUAAGGAUGGUGAACCGAUUGUACCUACAGAAAGGCAUUUCAUCAUAGCAGAUAAUCAAAUAAUCACUAUCGUCGAUUCCGUUCAUAACGACUCUGGAAUAUACGAGUGUCAUUUGAAUAAUUCCCAGGGACAGGAAAUAGCGAGAAGCCGAAUUCUCGUCAAGCCAAGUGUUCUAGAUAACAGCAAUAUGAUGGGCAUCAUCAUAAUAACUGUGGUUUGCUGUGCAGUUUUGACUUCCAUAGUUUGGGUAGGUAUAAUCUACCACACGCGAAGGUCUGCCGUUCCUAGCGAACCCACCCAAUAUCCAGCGACCGAAUUGCCAGAACAGGCCGACUGUAUUUCCGAGCGAUCUUCUUGUAAAGACAGUGGCACAGGAGACUCGGCAAGAAGGUCAAGCGACGAUCUUGCCGAGUUUUCGGUUUUGCUGCACGACACGCCGCCCAUUGAGCAAGAUUGACUAGCCGAAACGGCCGUAUAAAGGCACCCAUACACCUCGGUUAUUUUGCUCGGUUUUAACCGUGCAGUUAAAAACGCGCGGGUAGGAAGGACGGGCAAACAACCUCCAUACACUGUCUCGUUUUGCCCAGUUUAUUUUAUCCGCGUCGUAGACAAGAAAGAUUGGUUUGAGAAAGAACUUGCUAGCUGUAAAAAAGGAAACCAAAAAAUGGAAUAGGUAAAAAUGUUUCAAAAGUUUCAUAAUUUUUUUUUUCAAAAUAAAAGUCAAUUUUUAAGGUUUACUUUUUUUCUGAUAGUCUAUUUUGGCAUUAUAGAUCUAGUUUUUCAUUUCCUUCUGUGAUAGUUCGCAGAUUCAAUUUUCCAAUGCAUAGAAAACUAUGUAGUCCAAUGAAUUCAAUCGUAAAUUAUUCAGUGUUAAUUCGUGUCGAACGCCAUGCAUCGAAAACAAUAUAUUAAGAAGUGCUGUUAAAACCGUUGUUUUAACCAUACAGUUAAAAUAUUUGGCUGAGACAGGUAUUGAACGAACAGGCGAAACGACAGAAGUGUAUGGGGGCCUUGACCCCCUAGCGGAUUUUUUAUGGUGGUAAGCUUAUCCGUGUAUUUUUCCUUUGAUAUUAUUUCAAAUUUAGGGCCAGAAAAUUCAACGUGAUCGUUCCUUAUAUACUUUAAAAGCCGGGAGAUACGAGACGAAAAAUAUUUUUUUACUCGGGUCGAUAUUUUUUCUUUCGUAACAUUGAAAACGAUAGAGUUUUAAGUGGGGCCCAUAAAAUCAGAAAUUUUUUAUCAUGCAUAUCCUGAAGUAGUUGGAAAUUUUAGAAUAAAUAAAACUUGCAGUAAUAGCUGCGGGUCUAGUAUGACUUAGGAACACAUAUAAAGGUGCGUUCAUGCCGGCUGCGCCGCUCCGCGCCGUGCCGCGCAAAUCAUUUUUUUGACAUAUACUUUUGUGCGCGUUAAGAAAAAUACAUUUCAAAAGUACAUGGUAAAAAAAUGCUUUGCGCGGCGCAGCAGGUGUGAACGCACCUUAACACGUUAAAUUCAUUAAUAAACUCAAGAAAUUUUUUAUCAUUUGUCUUGUUUAUAUAAUGUACGUAUAUAUUUUAGUGAUAUUUUAGUAAUCUGAAUAUAAACAGACCAAUUUUUAUCACCUUUUUUUGAGAUCAAAAGAACCGUCUACACAACAUUUUACCCGUCAGGGUGCAGCCACACUAUCCUAAAAACGGCGUAUCGGCGUAACAGCGUAAUGACCUUGAAUAGAUUUCCAGUAAUUCUAUUGGCUGAAACAUUCAUCUGUCAGAAAUUUUAUCUGUCAAAUUCAUCUGUCAAAAAUUUCAGCCAAUAGAAUUACUGGAAAUCGAUUCAAGGUCGUUACGCCGUUACGCCGAUACGCCGUUUUUAGGAUAGUGUGGCUGCACCCUCAGGUAAGACGAAUUAAAAAUAAGAGUAAACACUGGAAGUUUUGCCUACGGUUUGAUCAAUUAUAGCACUGGAUUAGUGAAGCUGAAAAAAAAUCUGUAAACCCGCAAAAAAUUUGUGGAAAUAAUUUUAUUUCGUAAUAAUCAUUCAAUAUAUCUAAACAAUUUUGUAAAAUUAUAAUUUUUGUGAAAUUAUGCUUUAUGUGUUGUGUACACGGAGCUUUGUAGAAGAAAGGGUUAUAAAUUAAGUGGAUAUACAUAAAACUCGGUGUCUAAGUCCAGAUUCGCAUUAUCGUGACAAAUUGUUGUUCAUGAGGCCCUUGUACAUAGUCAUUUUUGUUCCUGUUUUAAGUGUUAAUUUCUUACGGGCUUGUAAAGUUAGUUUUAAGUUUUGUAUCUUGUGAUAUUAUUUAGAAAGGUAUUAUCUUUUCGUUUUUCUGUCCGUUUUUUUGAAGCCGUGUAGCUCUUUUGGAAAUAGUCAGGUCUUAAAUGUAGAACCUCUAUUAUUUUUAUCCAGUGAUUCGAAAUUCUUGUAUUUUUGUAUGAAAAACAUGAAGAAAAAUUUUCUCUUAUAAGGGGUCUACGUUUAAAAUGUUCUGAAUGGCCAUUUUUAUUCUCUUGUUUCUCACCUCUAAAGUAUUAUUUUCUUUGUGUACGUAGUAGAUGUAAUACGGGAUCUAAAGAGAUGGCGCUUCGUCUUUUUGGAAUAAAAAAGUAAUACUGCCCGAUGGUACAACUAUACUUAAUUCCUUUAUUUUAAGCAAAUUUUAUUUAUACAUACAUAUACUAAUCGUUUAUGCUUGAAUGUGAAUUUUUAUUUAUUUAAAAUGUGCGCAUGCAUCGUGGAAUGAGUAUAAAUAAGUUUUAUAUAGGGCAAUAUUUAGCCGUUUGAUGGUAUUCUCUGGCUUUAAUCGUCUUUUUAGCCCAUUUUUAUAUAAAUACGUAUUAAACCAUCUGGAACACCCUUAAUUUUGAAAAUAUUUUUCCGUGAAAAACGAGAUAACUUGAUUUAAAUUUAGAGACGAUUUCUGCCAGUUUAGAAUGAAUAAUAUUUAAUUAGUACCUUUAUUAAUGGAGCAAGCAAAAGAUUUUUUGUUUUGUUUUCUUCGUUUUAAGUUGACGCUAAACAUGUAUAUUUUAGUUAGGCAAAGUAAGUAUUUGUUAAAACUUAAUUACACAAUUCGAUUUUGAUAGUAUUAUCAUUGUGAUGUACCUAUAUUUUUGUCUCAAAUAAACAUCUACAAGUUUUA